GAGACCCUAUUGAAAUCAAAAGUUAGUCCAAUAGUUUCAUGGGUUUCCAGAUUUUUAGACCCAUAACAAUUAUCAACUGAUGCAUAAGCAAGAGAAAACAGAGUGGUGCAUAGCCACACCGCCAUGGAAGCCUAGCAUGCAUGUUCACCAGAUUUUGGGCCAGCAAACUUGUACUGAUGCACUUGUGAUUCAUCCAUGCUUGAAAUAUCUCCAAGGUUCUGUGCCACAUGUCUGACGCACAAACUGAACCCUUUUUCUUCAGUGGGAUCUCAUCUUCCAGGAAGGCUUGUAGGAUUGUGAAAGGGAUCAAAUUAUGUCUGCACCUUUCUAUUCUGUUGAAUGCUUUGUGAUGGAUCUGGAAGCCUUACAACUCCUGGACAUAUGAAGAACAUGCUUUCCACUAAAUGGCUGUAAUAAAAAUGGUUACAUGUCAGGGCCUCUUGUCAUUGUUCUGAAGUACAUGCACUUUGCUGAGGUUGAAGAGCUCGUAGUGAACCAGAAUAGAGAAUUUAACAUUUCUCAAAAUGGAGAACUAUUUUGGAUGACGCUAUUGUUCCAGAGUACUCAUGCAUAUACCAGUACCAUAUACACAUGAGUUCUAUACCUGAUGAGUGGAAAAAACAUUAACUUUUACUUGCGAAGAACCAACAGAUCAGCCAUUCCAUUUAUUUUCAACGCUCUUGCUGCUCUAAGGUAAAAGAGUUCUUACAAGGGCCAAAAAACCACAAUAAUGGUAUGGAUUUCAAACUUUUUUGAACAGUGUACAAUUUGGGGAAGGGCGAAUGGGAUUUUUUUAUUAGAUCAAUCCCUCCAGCUCGCAGAAGGAAACCAAAUCUCAUCAGAUCAAUCACUCCACCUCGCAGCAGAAGGAAACCAAAUCUCCAUAAUAUAUUAUAUGUAUAUUGUAUUUAAUUGUAGUUUCCUUAUUUCCUAGGUUAGACAAUUCCUGAACUGUAUAUAUAUUGCUCUGUAUUUGCUUAAUAAAAUAUAACAGCUUAA